AAGCAAUUUGAAAUCAAAUUUUCAAUUUUCAAAAAUACUUCAUAACAACACUUAAAACAUUAAAACACCACAGCAUUCGUCGUUCUCACUCGAAAUUGUCUGAAGAAAUGGCUCCUGCGAAGAGCAAGGCCUCAGAUCUGUCUUCCACGCCUCACCCACCUUACUUCCAAAUGAUUUGUGAAGCGAUAUCGUCAUUGAAGGAACGAACGGGCUCGAGCCAGCAAGCGAUUUCGAAGUUUAUCGAGGAGAAAUACAGCGGGACUCUUCCUCCAAAUUUCAACAAACUACUUUCAGUGCAGUUGAAAAGGUUUGUGAAAUCAGAAAAACUGGUCAAAGUGAAGAACUCCUUCAAAACUGCUGCCACAGAGAAGGCGAAAUCAUUGAAGAAGAAGACGGAUGCAGUGGAAAACACCGAGAAGAAUGCAGCGAAGAAGAUAACGAGUAACGCAGUGAAAACGAAGCCGCUAGAUGGGGUGAAGACCCCGGAUAUUUUGAAGAAGAAGAAGAAGGCAGAGAAAGGCGCAAAGGGAUCGGCGACGGUGACGAAGAAGAUGAAGCGUCUGAGUCAGGUUAAGACUCCGGAAGCAAUGAAGAAGGCUCCGACUCCUGUGAAGAGGAAGACUUCCAAAUCCGCAAUUUCUUCAAGACCUCCACUCAGAAAAAGGUAGAACAGUAUCUAUCUAUCUAUAUAUAACAGAAGAAGUUUUUCUUUGAGAAAGCCUUGUAGGGAAAACCAUCUCAGAGCGUGUGAUGGGAAAAUGCUGCUUUUAUUUUACCUUUUGCCCUAAAAAAUUUGGUUGUAGUCUUGUAGAUGAAGAUCAUGAAUGGUAUCAUGGGUUGUCGUUGGGUUUUCUCUUUUUGUGUGUUCAUCAAGGCUUCAUCACAUGCAAUGAAAAAUCAGUAAGGAAUUGCACUUUCUAUGAUUCAAA